AAGUGUGACACUGUGCUAAAGUUUUCGGGUGCAUUUGUGCCAAGCGUAUUAGGGUGGCCAAUUCAACCAUUACCAACAUUUGCACAGAAAAAAUGCGGACAAGUUCCCUCAAAAUCGCUGUAAUCUUCAGUGGAGGGGGUGCAUUGUUUAUGCUGAUAAUACUUUUUCAGAGGAUCGAAAACACCAAGCUCGGUUUAUUCUCUGCAAUCGCGGCCGAGGAGCCGAAGUAUACGCCUGAAGUGGCCAAAGCAGUUCCCAAAAUCACCAAAUUGCACGAGAUUACGGUUUUUCUACGGUUGACGAGUAACAAAGAACACAAACGUCGCUUAUAUUGCUAUUUCUUGAGGACUUAUGUGUUAUUUUGGCCUGAAAAUCUACCUAGCAAAACUGUGCUUGUUCUCGACCAGGAAUCUCUACAAGACCACGAGUUUGGGGUGAAACUGAUAAACAAGACAAAAAGCAAUUUUCCCAACCUCAAAUUCGACGUUCAGUACGAACCACUGCCAAUGAAGUCCGUUUUGGAGUUUCCGGGUUCGCCAAAGCCGCCUGGAUACAACCGGCAACUGUGGAGUAGCUUUUUUAUUGAUAAAUACACUGAUGACGAUGUUAUAGCGUGGAUGGACACCGACGCGGCUUUCACUUUUCCAGUGACUACAUCUUCGAUAUUCAAUGGGGGCAAACUACGCGCAAUUGGUAGCGAGUGCAGUGUGUCAAUUAGUUGGGUUCAAACAUGGGCCACGACCACUGAGUUGGCGCUUGGAGUUCCAAUGAUAGCGGACUUCAUGAUAUACUUUCCCGUUUAUAUUUUGCGAGAUACUUUCACAAACUGCCGAAAUCACAUUCUUAAAAGAUUCAAGACCAAUGACUUCGCAGAAGCUUUCAAGGGUUUCUACAAGGGAUACAUAUCACCUGUAUGUAUUAUUCUAAGCUAUGCUUGGCACUUUGAAAGAGACCGAUACGACUGGAGUUUUAAAUUGUGUUCUAGCCUUACAGAUUACAACAAAAAAUUCUCAAAAGAAGCUCAAAUCCCGCCCGAGAACGCCAAUGCAUUUUUACCACAACCUCAAACAGCCUUCCACUACUGUGAUGUCGAUUUUCUGAUGUCCAAUAUUCGUAUGAGCUACUGCCUUGUCAAGGGGUCAGGGGGGAAUCCAAUCGACAAAUGCCCAGGCCGGGAUAUCGCUCUAAAUAGAAGCUUGGUUUUAUUCAACCACGAUCUACAAAGGGUGAACAAUCCGGAAGAUACUCCAUGCUUGGGGGAGCAUCGGGAGUCGUGUUUGAGAACCCUAGAGGAAUGCUUUCGAAAUAUUAAAGGAGAGAUAGCACAGGGAUUGCGAAAGGUAGAUUGGCGAGAUCUAGAAACUGUGGAUAAACUGGCGAAAGAGGAUGGCAUUCAGUGUACCACAAUUCCUUAGAAUAUAAACACCCUGUCCCAAGGUUUGAGUGCCUUUCCAAUCUCACAGGCUAGAAAACAAUGCAAACGGAACUCGUUGGUGAAAAGUAAUUCUAUUGACAUUUAUAAUUUAUUUAUUAUAAAUAAAUUAUAUAUUUAUUAUUUAUUUUGCCUGCUAAGGACCGAGUAUUUGUAAGUGCCUUCAUGUGUUUGGUUGGAUUCGUCAAUUGAAACCCCUGCUAGAAGAUGCCUCUUUUCCAAGCAGAGAACUCUUGAGAUCCAAGGCCACAGUGUUGAAAGAGCUGACAUUCUUGCGAAUUAAAACCGUGGAAACCUCCAUCUUUGUAUAUCCAAAAAUGUCGUUUAGUCAAGGAAGUCCAUGCUCGAGUUAAAUUUCAAAAGUACAUUAAGUUGUGUAAUUAAUGGAAAGGGUAUUUUUACUCUGGAAUUUUCGGAUGCUAGAAAACGUAGUAGAAUGCAUCCGACGAUUUGGCUUUUAUUUUCAGAAAAAUUUCGCCAAGUAUAUUGAGCUAGUUUCGCUAAUGCACGAGAAAAAAUACCUGCACGCAAGAUGUUACGAUAUCUAUAUAGCGCAAGAUAGAACUGUAAGUCUGCUUGACUUGGACGCGUUUGACCUAGCUUUACCGGCUUUCUUUUGAGUCAACUUAACGCACCCCUUGAGGCUGGUUCUCACUUGGGCGCAAGCGCAGCGCGAGAGGACGCAACUGCUUGUUUUCUUGAGCUUGCGCUUAUGUUUGACCGAUUCUCACUUGUCUUGCGCUUCCGUUUGCGCUUACGCUUGCGUCCUAAGGAGAAACAGCCUUUAGUUAUCUUUAGCUAUCUUUUAUAGUACCAAGGAGGGCACUUGAAAAGAUAGCACCGAAUAAUUAAAAGGGUGAGCCUGUUAGCCGGCUACUAGUCACCAUGCCCUGUGCUUUUCAAUAAUGCUUUGAGACCUCGCCCAUCUCUCAACCCCUGAACUUCGCUUAUGGGAGAGUGCCGCUGGACAUCAGUCUAUUAUUUGGCUGUGAAGUACUUCCUAUCUCAUUGUGUUUAUUCUGCGCUUACCGUAAUUUUGGGUACUUUGUAAUAAAAGCUGAUUUUUACAUUAAAA